UCUAGGGAAACGGAAGAUCCACUACCAGUUUGAGGAUGGGAAGGAGAUGGCUGAGGAGUACGACAUGAAGACCAGCCAGUUACUGAGUAGAAGGUGGCGAGAGAAGAACACCCUCGGGGGCACUGGCAAAUGGCAGGUUGAAGUGGGAGACCCAACUUUGCCUCUCCUGGGGCCACUAGAAACAGAGCUCAUAAAGGAAAGCAGCUCUAAUCCUGUCUUCAUGAGGAAGGACACCCUGACCAGCUUCCAGUGGCGGAUCCGUAACCUGCCCUACCCCAAGGAGGUCUACAGUGUCACUGUGGAGAAGGAGCAGCGCUGCUGUGUUAUCCGGACCACAAACAAGAAGUACUACAAGAAGUUCACUAUUCCUGACCUGGACCGAUACCGGCUCCCCCUAGAUGCAGCUGCCCUGAGCUUCACCCAUACCAACAACACCCUGAUCAUCACGUACCAGAAGCCAAAGGAGAUCCUGGCUGCGGAAAAGGAGUUGCAGAAGGAGCUGAAGAAGAUUAAGGCAGCAAACAGUGGGGAUGGUGACUGCAAGACCCAAUAGGCAGUGGCUGCUAAGAGGCUGAGGUAAUGGGGACAGCUUUCUACCACAGCUUCAUGGUAUUUAUUUUGCCUUUUCUAAUAAAAAUUUGUCGUGUUGUUAA